AUGCCGCAAUCAAAGCAGGCCACCUUGGGCAACUUCCUUGGAAACAAAUCCAGCGGCAACAAGUCCAAGUCUCAGUCUAUGCUGUCCUUCAAUCGAAAGUCAACCUCAAAAGGGCGGAGCCCGAACACAGACGCCGAAGAUGGUGAAAACGAUGCUGAGCAGACGUCAGCGAUCCCACCUCACGACGACGCAGGCGACCUUACACCUUCUGGAGACCCAGCCGCUGAGCACAGAAAUACAUCUUCCACACGAAAGCACAAGAAACCGAGUGGUGAGGCUGGAGAGGACGUAGAAGGCACAGAUGAGGAGCCUGUGGCCAGGAAAAGAAGAAAGACAUCGAGAUCCCAGAGUCCAGCGAGCGGCAAAGCUCAGUCGACGACCGCGGCCACGGGCACCAAAGUAACCAAAGGACCAUCAAAGGCAACAAGAGCCAUUCCAGAGGAUUCUGCCUCUUCGGAUGAAGAGAAUGUUUCCUCAGAGGUGGAAGAGCCAGCGUCUGCAAGCGAGGCACCGAAAUCCAAAACAAGCAACAAGAAGGUUCGCAAAGCGCAAACCACCCUACCGCUGCCUUCUAAAGAUCCAUAUCCUGACUGGAAGGCUGGAGAUCCUGUGCCGUAUGCGGCUCUAUGUACCACGUUCUCUUUGAUUGAGCUUACCACGAAACGACUUCAAAUUACGGCAUAUUGCUCCGCAUUUCUUCAACAAGUCCUUCGUUUGACACCACAUGAUCUGCUUCCAACUAUUCAGCUCAUGCUCAACAAACUCGCAGCCGACUAUGCUGGAAUUGAACUUGGCAUUGGCGAGUCAUUGAUUAUGAAAGCCAUUGGAGAGAGUUCGGGCCGUUCCCUAGCAGUAAUCAAGGCUGACCAUCAGAAGAUUGGGGACCUUGGUCUAGUUGCCGCGAAGAGCAAGUCCAAGCAGGGUCAGAUGUUCAAGCCGAAGCCCUUGACCGUCCACGGAGUCCAUCAAGGCCUUCUUGACAUUGCUAAGAUGGAAGGCCAAGGUUCUCAGGACCAAAAAGUACGAGCAAUCAACAAAUUGAUGGCAUCUGCAGACGCUUCGUCUGCCACCAAAACAGUCGACAUCAAUAAAGAUAAGGGUGGCCCUUCCGAAGCUAAGUUCCUCGUCAGGUUUCUGGAAGGAAAACUUCGUCUCGGUCUAGCAGAAAAGACGGUGAUCAUUGGUCUGGCACAGGCUGUCGUGAUACAUGAAUCGGCCAAGAAUGGAAAGACCGCCAGUCCUGAUCAGUUGGCUCGAGGAGAGGCCGCGCUCAAGACUGUGUACAGUGAAUUGCCAUCUUACGAGGUCAUUAUCCCUGCAAUGCUGGAGCAUGGUAUUUUUAAAUUGCACGAAAGUUGCAAACUCCAACCAGGAGUGCCGCUCAAACCUAUGUUGGCAAAGCCGACGAAAUCAAUUACGGAGGUUCUCGAUCGUUUCGAAGGUAAAGACUUCACGUGUGAGUACAAAUACGAUGGAGAACGAGCACAAAUCCAUUAUGUUGCGCCCGACUCCAUGGGUGAAUUCCCCGCAGCAUCAAACACACUUGUUAAAGAUCCGAAAGCAUUCAAGGGACUAGCAUCCAUAUUCUCCAGGAAUUCGGAAGAUCUGUCGAAGAAAUAUCCAGAUAUCUUGGAAAAACUAGACACCUGGAUCAGACCGUCCACCAAAAGCUUUGUCUUGGACUGUGAGACCGUUGCAUGGGAUCCUCAGAACAAGAAAGUCCUUCCGUUUCAACAGCUGAUGACCCGUAAACGCAAAGAUGUGAAAACUUCUGAAGUCACUGUCAAAGUCUGCGUGUAUGCAUUCGACAUGCUGUUCUACAACGGGGAGGCUUUGGUGAAAAAGUCCCUGCGAGAAAGACGGGAGGUGUUACAUGCAGCCUUUGAGCCUGUUGAGGGAGAGUUUGACUUUGCUCAAUUUGGCGACAGCAAAGAUAUUGAGGAGAUUCAGAAGCUGUUGGAUGAAUCGGUCAAAGCAUCCUGUGAAGGUCUCAUGGUCAAGAUGCUCGAUACAGAAGAGUCAGGCUACGAACCAAGCAAACGGUCACGAAACUGGCUCAAGGUCAAGAAGGACUAUCUGUCAGGUGUCGGCGACUCACUCGAUCUGGUUGUCUUGGGCGCAUACCAUGGAAAGGGUAAACGAACUUCUGUCUAUGGAGCCUUUCUCCUAGCAGCUUACAAUUCCGAGACUCAGAACUUUGAGACCGUUUGCAAUAUUGGCACUGGAUUUUCCGAGGUUGACUUGGUAGAUCUUCACAAGGAACUUUCGGAACAUUUAAUUGAAGGUCCCAAACCUUUCUACAGCCAUAGCACCGUCAAGAAUGAUCAGCCAGACGUCUGGUUCGAUGCUCGUUGUGUAUUCGAAGUCAAAACGGCUGAUCUCACGCUCAGUCCACGAUAUCGGGCAGCGAUCGACCAGAUGGGCGGAAAGAACGGGAUAAGUUUGCGGUUUCCCAGAUUCAUCCAGAGGAGGGACGACAAGAAACCUGAGGACGCAACUACCACCAGCGCUGUGGCUGAAAUGUAUCACAAGCAAGAAGUUGUGGCCAACGAAGGCAAAGGCAAAGGGGGGGUCGACGAUGACUUUGAGUAUUGA